AUGUCUUUAGUGGUGUUUGGGACAUCGAUUGUCUCAGAAAAAGAUUACGAAUAUGCAAUUCGUGUUCUUUUUAUAGGUGAUGAAGUGACUUCAAAGCAACGUCUAGCACUUCUUUGGAAGACUUUUCUCGUGCAACAAGUCACAAUCAAAGAGAAGUUGGGUAAGCUUGUCUUUGCGUCGUAUGACAACGGAGUUAGUCGUGAGGGGGGGUACUUUCCUUUUAAACAAUUAAACGUCUUAUGUGUGAUGUAUGAUGCGGCAAACAAAAACACAACAUCAAAUGUACAGAACUGGAUAGAGGAGGGCCGAAGAUACUCUGGUAACCCCACACUCAAAGUCAUAGUUGUGGGCGUUUAUAACAACAACUCCCCACCGCAGAAGCCACCAAGGCAGAUAGACGACAUUUUAAAGAAAGACCAAAAGGUUAACUUCUUUUACUAUAACAAAAGAACAGCAAACGAUUUUCCUGCACUUUUGGAGGCGAUUUAUAUUGACAUUCGACAAUGCGAAUUAUCUGAUGAUGUACUAAACGAAAAGAAAGAGAAAAAACGAGUGAUGGAGGAACGCCAACACAUGUCGCAAUGCAUCAGCACGCCGAAGACAACCGUUAGUUGCCAAAAUUCCCGAAUUGAUUGCAAAAAAUUACUUGUCACAUUGGUUGAUGGCAAAACGAAUGUCACACUUAAAAUUAUUGUUUUGGGCGACAAGUCCAUUUCGCAUUAUUGUCGUCAACUCAUGGUCGGACUGACUCAAGGUUGGGACAAGGAAUGGGAAGAUUAUUUAUACGAUGACUGUCCACCGAAAGUUAUAAAUCUGAGUGAAGUAAAUAAUAUACAAGUCAAAUUAUAUUCCUACGACCAUGGUGUAGGUCGUGGCGCAAGUUAUUCCCCUUACUAUAAUGUUUUAGGCGCUGUUCUAUGCUUUGAUUACACUGAUAAAAUAACAUUUUCUAAUUUGAUGAAUUGGUAUAAUGAAACGUUGAGGUAUUGCAAUCUCAAAUCGACGAGAUAUUUCAUUGUCGGAAUGGGGAAGUACAAUACCGAAAAAACAUGUCAAGUCGAUGACACUGAUGUUGGUAGUUUUGCACGUUUUUUUCAAAAUAAAGAACCCCCUGUGGUGGCUUUUAACCCAGAAAGAGUCGAUGAAAUUAACACAAAGUUUAAUGAAUUUGUGUAUGACAUUUAUUUCAAUGAAUUUACACCAGACUUCUUAGAACAUUGUGUGAUUGAGAAACGCGAAACGAAGCGAGAGAAGGUAACAAGACAGACUGAAACAUCUGAAAACCCUCAACAGACAAAAUUGGUUCAAAACAACACAGGAGAGGUGAUGGAGGUGAACGAGUUGGAAGAACUCACAAAAAACAAGAAGAAAUGGUGUUUAAUUUUUUGCGUCAAACGAAUAAUUCAUAUUUUCCAAGGCGGUUUUUUUUAUUUUUUUUUGUUUAAAAUGAUAUUCUAUUUAUUUACUAAAAAAUAUUAUAUUAUUACUAUAUUUAAUAAAAAAAAUAGAAAAGUGAAAAAAUGA